GUCGAUUUAAAAUCAAAGCACAUCCUUCUCUCCUACUAUUCAUUCUCAUUCUUCUCGUCCUCUGUUUCUGGUCUGUUCGUCGUUGUCUUUCUCCGAGUAACACCUGUGCAAUCGUUGACCCCCACGAUUGCGUGCUCCAACUUCUGUUUUCUUUUACAAAACCCCGAGAAACGACUCGGUUUUUGACAUUCUCCUUCAUCCUCCUCCCUCCUCAACACCACAAAAACUUCACAUCACAAUGGCCAACACUCCUCACGGUGGUGUCCUUAAGGACCUCUUCGCUCGCGAUCUGCCUCGCCAGGCCGAGCUCGAGGCUGAGUCUCAGAAGCUCCCUGCUCUUACUCUCAGCGAGCGACACCUUUGCGAUCUUGAGCUGAUCCUCAACGGUGGCUUCUCUCCUCUCGAAGGUUUCUUGACUGAAAAGGACUACAAUGGCGUCGUUGAGAACAACCGUCUCGCUGACGGCGCCCUCUUCUCCAUGCCUAUCAACCUCGAUGUUGACCAGGCCCAGAUCGACCAGCUCGGUAUCAAGGCUGGUGCUCGCAUCACUCUCCGCGAUUUCCGUGACGACCGAAACCUUGCUAUCCUGACUGUCGAGGAUGUCUACCGACCUGACAAGGUCAACGAGGCCAAGAAGGUCUUCGGCAGCGACGAUGACACUCACCCCGGUGUCAAGUACCUCUUUGACACCGCUAAGGAGUUCUACAUUGGUGGUAAGCUUGAGGCUAUUAACCGUCUCGAGCACUACGAUUUCCUCGACCUCCGAUUCACUCCCUCUGAGCUCCGCGCUCACUUCAACAAGCUCGGCUGGCAAAAGGUCGUCGCUUUCCAGACCCGAAACCCCAUGCACCGAGCUCACCGUGAGUUGACGGUCCGCGCCGCCCGCUCCCAGCAGGCCAACGUCCUGAUCCAGCCCGUCGUCGGUCUCACCAAGCCCGGUGACAUUGACCACUUCACCCGUGUCCGUGUCUACAAGGCUCUCCUGCCCCGAUACCCCAACGGCAUGGCUGCCCUCGCUCUUCUGCCCCUUGCCAUGCGAAUGGGUGGUCCCCGUGAGGCUCUCUGGCACGCCAUUAUCCGAAAGAACCACGGUGCUACCCACUUCAUCGUUGGCCGUGACCACGCCGGUCCUGGUAAGAACAAGCAGGGCAAGGACCACUACGGUCCUUAUGAUGCUCAGGUCCUCGUCCAAGAGCACCAGGAGGAGCUUGGUAUCAAGAUGGUCGAGUUCCAGGCCAUGAUCUACCUCCCCGACUCCGACGAGUACCUCCCCAUCAACGAGAUCCCCGAGGGCACUCGCACCCUCAACAUCUCCGGUACUGAGCUCCGACACCGUCUCCGAACCGGCAAGGAGAUCCCCGAGUGGUUCUCCUACCCCGAGGUCGUCAAGGUUCUUCGCGAGGAGAACCCUCUCCCUGCCGAGAAGGGUUUCACUGUCUUCAUGACUGGUUACCAGAACAGCGGAAAGGACCAAAUCGCUCGUGCUCUUCAGGCUACACUCAACCAGGGUGGUGGUCGCCCCGUGUCCAUGCUUCUCGGUGAGAACGUGCGACACGAGCUCUCUCCUGAGCUUGGCUUCACCCGCAAGGACCGUGACCUCAACAUCCAGCGCAUUGCCUUUGUUGCCUCUGAGCUGACCAAGGCUGGUGCCGCUGUCAUCGCCGCUCCUAUUGCUCCUUUCGAGGAGGCUCGUAAGGCUGCCCGCGACCUCGUUGAGAAGUCCGGACCCUUCUUCCUUGUCCACGUUGCUACUCCUCUCGAGUUCUGUGAGAAGACUGACCGCAAGGGUGUCUAUGCUGCUGCUCGCCGUGGUGAUAUCAAGAACUUCACCGGUGUCGAUGACCCCUAUGAGGCCCCUGCCAAGCCCGACCUCGUUGUCGACCUCGAGAAGCAGAACGUCCGAUCCAUUGUGCACCAGAUUGUCCUGCUCCUCGAGAGCAACGGUCUCCUUGACCGCCUGUAAAUGAUGAUUUUGGACGAAUUAUCUCGGGAUACAGCCGAGGGAGAUACCCGCAAGCUACAACUACCUACGGCUUCAAUGCGCAUGGGUGGCGUGGCUAAAAGCAGCGUCGCGAUAUGAACAUUUAUUAUACCGCUCGCUCUACGAAAAUUUGCAAAUAACAGCGCAAGUGAUAAACGGAAUUGGCGUUAAUUUGAAUGAGACGGAUGGUGAAAAGAAGCGCGAACGUGGUGAAUUAAUUACACAACGUUCCUGGAUCAAUUAGACGACGAAGAUGUACCGGCAUAGAUUAGGAUCGAUACAAUGAAGAUCAUGAUGAAACUAUUUUCAGAAGCGAGCAUAUGCA